UGCACUUGCAGGGACCUGUUUGGCUGCAGAGACGAGAGAGGCGCCAAACGAGCUUUACCAAAAAAACAAAUUUUUUUUUUUUUGCUUGCGAUCUUUCCUCUCUCUCAGGGAAAGAAUCAAGCUUUGUGGUGCCUGGUUACCGAUUCUUUUUACCGUCUCGUUGUGUAAUUUUCUCGACAACUUUCGUGGGUCAGAACGAGACUUGCGGUCCAGUGGAUAUGGAAAUCACGGUAGGUGUUCGAAGAAAGCGCGGGAGGCCGAGGAAGAGACAAGGAGCUGAAGAAGCUAAUCGAUCAGAUCUGAAGAUUCUUGGUAAUGAAAUUGUUGAAAUUCCGAACACUGAUUCGGAUUCCCAGUAUUUACACUUCUUACAGAACAUAGCAUCAGAUGAAAGUCAACUAGUGUUUGAGUACACUGAGGGAGAUAGAGAAACAAGGUUUCUAACGUAUGAAGUAGAUGAUAAACCACUUGAGUAUACUUUAACAAGAAAUGGUAAAAAGAAGAGUAGAGAUUCCAGAGAAAGGCGAAAUGCAGAAAAGGAGAUGACUUUUAGUGCUUCGAAGAGGUUGUGGAACGAGACUCCGAGGAUUGUUCCAGAGAUUCAAAAGGGUAAAGGAAAUGUCAGAAUAGGAAGGAAGAGUUUGGUGUCUAGGAAGAAUGUCGAGUUAGAAGAUAAAAGCACUGUCUCUUGUAAAAGGAAGAGACUUUCGGAAGAGGAACUUAAGGUGGAUUCUUGCAAGAUUAGGAGUGGCAAAUACCCCGACAUGGAAGAUUACAGGUUUUUCCUCGGUUACAUGAUGGAUACCGAGACUAAUCCUAGUAAUACCCAUCAAAAUGUUCCACAAGGGAAGCGCAUAGAAAAAACUGAGGUUUCAUUUGUUCCCGAGAUUGUUGCGGUGGACGAUCAUCCAUUUUCCGAUGGAGACGAUAACCCUUUCGUGGCAGCAAAGAGUCGUAACGUCAUUGAUAUUGAUGAAACGAACGGUGGAAGUGGUCGGAUCCGCAAUUCUUGGUUGAGAGAAAAAGUAAUGGAUGCUCUCAGGAAACCGUACAGCGAAAAGGAGCUCUACAAACUCUGUCGUGCUGCUUCCAUCCGGAAACCGAAGAUCCGAGAGAGGGAACUGCGAAAUGGAAGAACUUUAAGUUACACAGUCGGCGAUCUUGGAAAGUCGGUCCUUCAUCAUCAUCCGGAUUUCAGUGGAUUGUUUUUGCGUCGGUUUGGUUCGGCGAAAUUCAAGUACUUGCUGCAGUUACCUCUAAAGGAUCGUCAUGGAGCCUUGAAUCUGUUGCGAGGAUUGUUCUUUUAUAUCAAGUAUGCAUGUCAUGAUGACGCGUUCAGACCAUGGAUGGAUGACGAAUGUUUGAGGACAAUGCUUUGUACACCGUCAUCGGCUAAUGGUCAUUCUCGAAGAAAUCAUUCAUAAAUACCACCGACUCUUAUUUUUUAUCAUCUUCUUUCUGUCUCUUUUGAGACAUUGUGAAGAUUUGUUAUGUGUGUUGUAUGGAUCUGAGAAGCAAAGUGACUUGUAUAUGUAGUGAGAUGUUAUAGUUAGUUUGGCAACACGGGCCGAAUAUUCGAGUUUUAUCUGAUGUAUCCGAUUUCGAUUGCACAGACUUCGGCUUUGUACAAGUCCGGAUA